AUGCGAGGGAUCUCCAUUAGAACCCCCAAAUCCUAUAUAAGCGAAUCCCUCUUCCUUCGCGCUCUCAGCGGAGCUCGCUUUGCUCUUGCUCCUCGGCCUCCUCCGAUUGCCAAUCGCUCGCAGGUCAUCCUCUCUCUGCGUUUCUUUGAUUGAUGGCGACAUUUGAACUGUACCGAAGGUCCACGAUUGGCAUGUGCUUGACAGAAACCUUGGAUGAGAUGGUCUCAAAUGGAACUCUUAGUCCAGAGCUUGCUAUCCAAGUCCUUGUGCAAUUUGACAAGUCUAUGACAGAAGCUUUGGAGACACAAGUGAAGAGCAAGGUUGCUAUCAAGGGGCACCUGCACACCUACAGGUUCUGCGACAACGUGUGGACCUUCAUAUUGCAGGAUGCAACUUUUAAGAGCGAUGAAUGCCAAGAAACCGUCGGGAGGGUGAAGAUUGUUGCUUGCGAUUCGAAGUUGCUUGGUCAAUGAGUAUCGAUCUUACAUUCUGUCAUCGUUUCGCUCUCCACAAACCUUUAAUCCUAAGAUGAAAUCUCCCUCGAAUAAUAUUCUUACCGAUCCUCUCUGUUAAAAUACUAUUAUGUGAAUUAUAUCUUGAUGAAGUACAACUGAUGGAUUAUGAAUUUGGGAGAUCAAAAUUUGCAGACUUUAUUGCAGCUAAUGUUAUUUUUGUUGUGUUGAUUUUACUGGAUAGACAAUUCCUGCUUUUGGUUAUCAAUAUAUAUUGUCAGAACUCAAGUUGUAUCA